ACGUUGUUUGCCAACCGCCGAAGAGUAAGAAGCACUCUUGAGAAACUGCGCCACUCCUCGUCGCACAAGUCGGACGGUCGAAUUUCACUUGAACGUCACCUCGAACUAACUAUUCAGAAUGAGGGAGAUUCUGCAUCUUCAAGCCGGCCAGUGUGGAAACCAGAUUGGGGCCAAGUUUUGGGAGGUGAUCAGCGAUGAGCAUGGCAUUGACCCUACUGGUUCAUACCAUGGUGACAGUGACCUGCAGCUCGAUAGGAUCAAUGUCUACUACAAUGAGGCCUCUGGUGGAAAAUAUGUUCCCCGUGCGGUGCUGGUUGAUCUUGAGCCAGGAACCAUGGACUCUGUGAGAUCAGGGCCUUUCGGGCAGAUUUUCCGGCCAGACAACUUUGUUUUUGGCCAGAGUGGUGCUGGAAACAACUGGGCCAAGGGUCACUAUACCGAGGGCGCAGAGCUGGUAGACUCAGUCUUGGAUGUAGUAAGGAAGGAGGCCGAGAGCUGCGACUGCCUCCAGGGCUUCCAGCUCACACACUCACUGGGAGGUGGCACCGGCUCUGGAAUGGGUACCCUCCUCAUUAGUAAAAUUCGGGAGGAGUACCCCGACCGCAUCAUGAACACCUUCAGUGUGGUCCCAUCCCCCAAGGUGUCAGACACAGUAGUGGAGCCCUACAACGCCACGCUGUCGGUCCACCAGCUGGUAGAGAACACAGACGAGACCUACUGUAUCGACAACGAGGCUCUGUACGACAUCUGCUUCCGUACCCUCAAGCUUACAACCCCCUCAUACGGUGAUCUCAACCACCUGGUGUCCGCCACGAUGAGCGGUGUCACGACGUGCCUCAGGUUUCCCGGUCAGCUGAAUGCUGACCUUCGUAAACUGGCCGUCAACAUGGUGCCCUUCCCACGCCUGCACUUCUUCAUGCCCGGCUUUGCCCCCCUCACAAGCCGAGGCAGCCAGCAGUACAGGGCUCUUUCCGUACCUGAGCUCACCCAACAGAUGUUCGACGCCAAGAACAUGAUGGCCGCCUGCGAUCCACGCCACGGGCGCUACCUGACGGUGGCCGCCAUUUUCCGUGGUCGCAUGUCCAUGAAGGAGGUGGACGAGCAGAUGCUGAACGUGCAGAACAAGAACAGCAGCUACUUCGUGGAAUGGAUCCCCAAUAAUGUCAAGACGGCAGUGUGCGACAUCCCUCCCCGUGGGCUGAAGAUGGCAGCCACCUUCAUUGGCAACAGCACAGCUAUCCAGGAGCUGUUCAAGCGCAUCUCCGAGCAGUUCACCGCCAUGUUCAGGCGCAAAGCUUUCCUCCACUGGUACACAGGCGAGGGCAUGGAUGAGAUGGAGUUCACUGAAGCUGAGAGCAACAUGAACGACCUGGUGUCUGAGUACCAGCAGUACCAGGAUGCCACUGCCGAUGAGGAGGAGUUUGAGGAAGAUGAGGGCGAGGAGGAUCUUGCCUAGACCUAUUUCUGAAACCAACAUCUGUUCAUUUCUGAGGUUUUCUACUGAAGCCAAAGUCUGUUCAAGGUUAUGGUUCUCAUAUUAGCACUUGUGCUUAAAGAUAAAAUCCUGAGUUGAUUUAUUUCCUGAAACAUUAAAAACUGUUUAUGUUCA